GGGUGCGGUGUCCUUAGCAGCGUGAGUGGUGCCUUAGACGGCUGAACCUCGCCAAACACUCAGGAAGAGCACAAGAAAGUGGACAAGAGAUUAGGCCAUGCGAACUGCUGUCCUGCUCCCUGCCCUGCUGCUUCUCCUGGCAGUGUCCGUCUCCGGGGGGCGCUACGACGACUUUGACGAUGGUGAGGAUCUGGCAGAGUUUGAUGAUAACGACUUUGCGGAGUUUGAGGACCUGAGCGAAGACGCGGCGGGCGAGGAGGAAACGGGACCUCCUUCGCAGGCGGAUCCUGCGGCCGCUGCCCAGAAUGACGAGGAAGAGGCAACUGUGGAGGUGGAGGAGGCGCUGGAAGACUUUGAAGAUGCAGAAGCCCCGGAUGAAGACAUGUACAGUAAGUAUGAUGCAGAGGAGUUUGAAGGCUUUGAGAAGACCAACCCCUCCUUCAAGGAUCCCAUCAACAUCCUGACAGUGCCCUCCCACCUGCAGAACAGCUGGGAGAGUUACUACAUGGAGAUCCUAAUGGUGACAGGGCUGCUGGCCUACAUCAUGAACUACAUGAUCGGCAAGAACAAGAACAAUCGCCUGGCUCAGGCCUGGUUCAACUCGCACCGGGAGCUCCUGGAGAGCAACUUUGCCCUUGUUGGGGACGAUGGCACCAGUAAAGAAGCGGUAAGCACCGGGAAGCUGAACCAGGAGAACGAGCACGUGUACAACCUGUGGUGCUCCGGCCGCGUGUGCUGCGAGGGCAUGCUCAUUCAGCUCAAGUUUCUGAAGAGGCAGGACCUGCUCAAUGUACUGGCGAGGAUGAUGAGGCCUAUCUGCGAUCAAGUGCAAGUAAAGGUGACCCUCAGUGAGGAGGACAUGGACACGUUUGUGUUUGCAGUUGGAACCAGGAAGGCUGUGGCGCGGCUGCAGAAGGACAUGCAGGACUUGAGUGAGUUUUGCAGUGAUAAGCCUAAGUCUGGGGCCAAGUAUGGGCUGCCUGAGUCCCUGGCCAUCCUGUCAGAGAUGGGGGAGGUGACAGACGGUAUGAUGGACAGCAAGAUGGUUCAUUACCUCACCAACCAUGCAGACAAGAUCGAGUCCAUCCAUUUCUCGGACCAAUUCUCUGGUCCAAAACUUAUACAAGAGGAAGGGCAGCCCUUAAAGCUGCCUGAGACCAAGAAGACACUUUUGUUUACAUUUAAUGUGCCUGGGAUGGGCAACACAUCUCCCAAAGACAUGGACACCCUGCUGCCCCUCAUGAACAUGGUGAUCUAUUGCAUCGACAAGGUGAAGAAGUUUCGGCUCAACAGGGAGGGGAAGCAGAAAGCUGACCGGAACCGGGCGCGUGUGGAGGAGAACUUCCUGAAGCAGACGCAUGCCCAGCGGCAAGAGGCUGCGCAAACCCGCCGUGAGGAAAAGAAACGCGCCGAGAAGGAGAGGAUCAUGAACGAGGAGGACCCAGAGAGACAGCGCCGCCUGGAGGAGGCUGCCCAGCGUCGAGAGCAAAAGAAGAUCGAGAAGAAGCAGAUGAAGAUGAAGCAGAUCAAAGUCAAAGCCAUGUGAAGACAGUCAGAUCGACUAAUAAGUUGGACAGGCGACCAAGCACUCAGCUCAGACACGCCUCCACUGCUCUACCUUCUCAUACACACCCGCCUCUUGCCACACUUACUCCCUCCCUCACGCUUGACCCCACACGCCUCUUUGUCCCUCCCACCCCUUCACCCUGGGCGCGGAAGAGCCGCAGAUUGACCGCAACGUUAGCAGUCUCUCCCUAACAACAAAACAUCUUGUCCAACCAGCCAGAGGAAGAGGACCAGUAUAGAAGACAGUGGAGAAGGAGAUAGUAAAGGGCAGAGCAUCUUCCAUAUCAGAAAUCUGUCUGACGACCAGUUUUGCAUAGUGGUGUGUUUUUUAAAACUUUUUUUUGCAUUAUUUCUCCUUUUAGUUUCUAAUGGCUGAGCAUCAGAGGGCAUGGACAGAGCUGCUUAUUUAAACCAAUCAGGGAAUGCUUGCUUGUUUUGUAAUCAAGGGGGGCUUCAAAGUUGCACUAAUGUUUGUCUGUAAUAAAAUGCUCAGUUUUAUAAGAUUAAUAUUGUUUAAGUAUUUGUAAAUGGUUUUCUUUUAAAUGAUCCUGCAAAGGAAUGUAAAACGCUAAACCCAGGCUGUGUCAUACUUUAAGUUUAUGGGGAUUUGAUGUUGACAGAUGUGACAUCCAUUAUGCCAAUAUCUUUCCUUUAAGAUGUCAUGCAAAAAGCCUUUUGAUUGUCCUGGUUCUUAAUGAAUAGUUCCUUUCAAAUAUUUGAAAUUAUAAUACGGGUAUGCAUACAUUCAGAUUAAAAGUAAUGGCAAAUGACCAAAUGGCAGCUCUGAAUGACUUGGAUGUCUGUUCUCGCUUAAGAAACAUGGAACCAAUGUAAAUAAAAUAUUA